ACCCAUCACAGAAAUUCGUUGGAAAGAAAAAAUAAAUAAAAAUUGGGGAAAACAAAGGCGAAAACUUUUUUGGUCCAAAGAUCGAGAGAGAAGAUUUUGAAAUUUUUUGUAUAAGUUUUUCGAUUUAUUUGUCCGAAAGUUUGAAACUUUUUGUAAGAUAAUUGCGUUGUGGUUGGAUCGUGUUGGUUUGGAAUGGCGCAACAAGGGCAGGGAAGCAUGGACCCUGCCGUUCUCGAUGAUAUCAUUCGUCGUUUGUUGGAUUACAGAAACCCUAAGCCUGGUACGAAGCAGGUUAUGCUCACCGAGUCUGAGAUCCGACAGCUUUGCAUCGUCUCUAGAGAGAUUUUCCUUCAACAGCCUAACCUCCUUGAGCUCGAAGCUCCUAUCAAGAUCUGCGGUGAUAUUCAUGGACAAUACUCUGAUCUAUUGAGGCUGUUUGAGUAUGGAGGCUUCCCACCUACUGCUAACUAUUUAUUCUUAGGAGAUUACGUGGACCGCGGCAAGCAGAGUUUGGAGACUAUUUGUCUUCUGCUUGCCUACAAAAUCAAAUACCCCGAGAACUUUUUUCUUCUUAGAGGAAACCACGAAUGUGCUUCUAUUAACAGAAUCUAUGGAUUCUAUGAUGAAUGUAAACGUCGAUUCAGUGUGAGACUCUGGAAAGUGUUUACAGAUUCUUUUAACUGUCUCCCCGUCGCUGCUGUUAUAGACGAUAAGAUAUUAUGUAUGCACGGUGGGCUUUCUCCCGAUUUGACCAAUGUGGAAGAGAUUAAGAACAUUAAGCGACCUACCGAUGUUCCAGACUCUGGUUUGCUCUGUGAUCUGCUUUGGUCUGAUCCAAGCAAAGAUGUCAAAGGUUGGGGGAUGAAUGAUCGUGGAGUCUCUUACACGUUUGGGCCUGACAAAGUCGCCGAAUUUCUAAUAAAGAAUGAUAUGGACCUCAUCUGCCGUGCCCACCAGGUUGUAGAGGAUGGGUAUGAGUUUUUCGCCGAUAGACAGCUUGUUACGAUAUUUUCUGCUCCCAACUACUGCGGUGAAUUUGACAAUGCUGGUGCUAUGAUGAGUGUUGAUGAAAGUUUAAUGUGCUCUUUCCAAAUUCUUAAGCCUGCUGAUCGAAGGCCCCGGUUCUUAUGAAGUAAAGAGUUAAAACCUCGCGGGAAAGAAGAGGAAAAAGGCGAUACGAAAGCGGGAGAGACAUUCGAAGCUCCCUGAGACUUUGUCCGGAGGCCUUGCAAAGGCAAAAAAAAAACAUAAUUUACAUGUUAUAUCAUCUUAUUUGAACUCUUGCCAUUUCUUUUCUCAAAGCACUUUAUGUUCUUAUGAUCUUCUUCUUCUCUGACUCUAUAUAGACAGUAAAAAAAAGUCUGCAAAUUUUCAUUCUUUUCAACAACCAA